ACUGGCCAUAUUUUUGUGUGUUUUAUAUUCAUACUAGCCAGAUCCCACCCCUCACACCCACCCUACAAGGUCAUUCUGAAAAUAAACAAUCACAACAUUGAAAUCUGAACAUGAUAACAUAUUGAAUGAUUAAUUCAGAAGAAUUUCAAUAAACAUUCUAUUUGACAGAGUAAUCUGAAUGUUAAUGAGUUAAAGCAAUUAAGAAGGCAGUUUGCAGCAUCUUCAGAUAUUAACAAAGAUCACUUUUGAUGGAGAUAUAUCAGUAGAAAUAUUUGUUAAGAGCAAUAUACGAGAAGAAGGAAAACCUUUGUGAACUGUGACAAGAGAAAGGAACAUUAUGGAAAAUGAAUUAUAUCGGAGUGAAGUUGAAUGUAAAAGAGAGUCUGAAGAAAUUGAUUUUUCUGAUGAGGAGAAGAAUGAAAAGGGCAGAACAGCAUUUGAGUGUGAUAUCUGUGGUAAAAUAUUAUCUCAGAAAGGUAACUUAGUCACUCACCGACGUGUUCACACGGGGGAAAAGCCAUAUCAUUGCGAUAUCUGUGGUAAAUCAUUCGAUUAUGGACGUGCCUUGACUGUUCAUAAAAGCAUUCAUUUAGGUGAGGACCCAUACCAGUGUGAAACUUGUGGGAAAUCAUUCUCUACAUCUGGUUACUUAACUAUUCACAAACGUGUUCAUACUGGAGAGAAGCCAUAUCACUGUGAUACCUGUGGUAAAUCAUUUGCUGAAAAUGGCAGUUUAAGGGCUCACAAGCGUACUCACACAGGUGAGAAGCCAUAUCAUUGUGAUAUCUGCAGUAAAUCAUUCGCUAGUAGAGGCAGCUUUAGUACUCACAAGCGCCGUCAUAUGAGAGAAAAAUGUUACCAGUGACUGCCAAUAUUAUUUCCAUGUCCACCCUUUUACUUGCGAGAGACGAAGUGAGGAAAGGAAGACCGGGGUCUGUGGAUGGAAUGAUGUCACGUCUUUGAUGUUUGCAGUAUCAUCACUUCAUCAGACGAUGUAGGUGGAGUAGAAGGGAAUGAGACCACCUUCCUACAGAGAUCACAGCAUUGGGAGCGUUCACACCGUG